UGAGCAUGACGGUUGGUGGAUCUUAUGUGGUCCCAAAUCUGUGCGCGGGGAAUUCCUUUAAGACUCGGAGGAGAUGAAUUACGAAUUCGAGCGAGAGACGGGGUUUAUCAAUAGUCAGCCGUCGCUCGCUGAGUGCCUGACAUCUUUUCCCCCUGUCGCUGAUGCAUUUCAAAGUUCAUCAAUCAAGAGCUCGACGCUUUCACGCUCGACACUGAUUCCUCCUCCUUUCGAGCAGACCAUUCCCAGGCUGAACCCGGGCAGCCAUCCUCGCCAGAGCCGCCCAAAGCAGAACCCGAACGGCGUGUGCCCGCUGCCCGCCGCCUCGUUACCCCCGGAGUACCCGUGGAUGAAGGAGAAAAAAGCUUCAAAGAAAAACCAGACCUCAGCUGCAGCCACAACCGACCCUGCACCACUCUACUUCUCUCCGGAAGGUUCGCCGGAGGUUUCUGAUGGUGGCGGAGGUGGCGGUGGCACACGCAGACUGAGAACGGCCUACACCAACACACAGCUGCUGGAGCUCGAGAAAGAGUUCCACUUCAACAAGUACCUGUGCCGACCACGGAGGGUAGAGAUCGCCGCGUUGCUGGACCUCACGGAGAGGCAAGUAAAAGUUUGGUUUCAGAACCGGCGCAUGAAGCAUAAGCGCCAGACGCAGUGCAAGGAGAACCAGAACGGCGAGACGAGAGCUACGAGCCUGGAGGAAAACACAGCCCAUGGCAAGGUUUUUUACGAACAAUCAGGAACGAACGCCGUUUCCGGGGCUCUCUUGGAGAACGAGAGUUACGCGUUCCAGCAGAACACUACGCAAAAUGGACACAAUGGAGACUCUCCAAGCUCUACUGUUUCGCCCCUGAACAGCAAUGACAAAAAUCUGAAACAUUUUCCCAACCCGUCACCCACUGUUCCCGUGUGCGCCCCUACAAUGGCUAUGGACGGCGCAGCUGCUAGGGACAAUAGCACUUCCCCAGGCCUGGACGGCCCCAUGCACGACUUUCACGUUUUCUCCACAGAUUCCUGCCUGCAUCUUUCAGAUGCCAUCUCUCCGAGUGUGUCUGAGACGGUGGACAGCCCCAUGGGUUUAGGAACGGACUCAUUUGAUUUCUUCUCGGAGACGCUGACGACGAUCGACUUACAACAUUUGAAUUACUAACAAUUUUUGAACACAAGGGAGCCCCGUUAUCUUUCUCUACGUUGACGGAUGGUCAGUCUGUUUUAAUUAUAACGUUUGAAAAUUAGGCCUAGACCAUUAGCCUUCGAAGGGUUAAGUUUAAUAUGAGUGAUUGAAUGAUUAUUUGUGUUUACAACGCAAAAAAACAAACAAAAAAGAGUGAUAUUUUUCGUUUUAUUUUUGUAUAAUCUUUGCGGCUGUGUGCCAUAUUUUCUUAAAAUAAACUUUUUACAUUGCUGAAGAUAAAGCGAGGCCGCUGUGUUGCACAAUUUUUGUAAUACUUUGCUCCGCGCUAAAAUGAAAUUAAUUCUAAUAAACAAACAAAGAAACAAAAAAAAUCAUAUAAUAAUGAGAAACAAAAUGUAGUUAUAUGCUGUGGCAUAAGGUGAUAUUCGGUCUAGUGCGAUUUAAAAAAAAAAUCUAUUUUCUAACAGAAAUAUCUUUUGUUUCGGAAGAACCCAGAAUUUCUGAAGUGCCAUAAAUAUUAAAUAUUGUUGUGUAUGUACAUAUAAAAUCUCUGUAACACAAUGAAUGUUAACAAAUGUAAGCUUAUUGUAAAUAACCACCACAUGGGCUACAUAGUUUAAUAGAAGCUAAAUACAGGCAGAAUAUAAAAUGUCUCUUUUUUAAUAACCAACAUUUUACAAAAAUGUUAGCAGCCUUCGGCCUAAACUGUUGCAUAUUAGAUUCCAUUAGGCCUACAUGUGCAUCAAAAUAACAACAAAAAAAAAAAAAAAAAACCACAAAAUAAAUAAAUAAAUAAAACCGUAAGUCAUGAAAGAGAUGUAUGUCCAUGCUGGUGCAUGGCCGAGAAAACAAACUCGCUGUAUCGGAAAACAUGGGUAGGUCCCUGUCCAAAAGCUGUAGCGUUCAAGAGUUUAGCAAUUAAAUUUUAUAGCCUAUUAAACCUUCGACAGCGGGGUUAGUGUUGAAGCCGCAGUACGAGUAAUUCAAUCUGGAGCUGGACGGUCACUAAACUCUACUCACUUUAGUCACUUUAGUCACUAGAAGAAAAUUAAACUUGUUUUAGGUUCUAUUCGGGAACAAAAUGUUAUUUAUUUAUUUAUUUAUUUAUUUAAAUUCAUACGUGAUUAGAAGUUUAUUUUAUUAACCAUAGGU